UCGUGCGGCGGACCCAGCACUAGGCGGGGCCAAGUAUCAGCUCUCCCGCAGGUCAUUGCCCCUCCAGCUUGCCACUGGGGAGCUGGGUCGCCCGCCCCGCCCCGAGCAAGGUUUCGAUUUCUGCACCAACCUUUACCGACCACACUGCACAGCGGUUGCUACUGAGAAUGACGAGCAGGACUGCCGAGGCGCGGGCGCCCGUUCAGCCCGACGGGGCGUGUGGCUGGCGUUGUCCGGAGCACAGCGAACGCCCGGCUGAGCUCUUUUGUCGCCGCUGCGGCCGUUGCGUGUGCGCGCUCUGCCCGGUUCUGGGUGCGCACCGCGGCCACCCGGUGGGCCUGGCCGAGGAGGAAGCUGCGCGCGUGCAGAAACUAAUCCAGGACUGUUUAGAGUGUUUGGCAACCAAGAAGAGGCAACAUGCUGACAACAUAGCCCAGUUGGAAGACGCUGGGGAAAGGCUCAAGGUUUAUGCAGACUCAAGUAAAGCCUGGCUGACACAGAAAUUCACAGAACUCAGACUACUCCUUGAUGAAGAGGAAGUACUGGCCAAAAAAUUCAUCGAUAAAAACACACAGCUCACCCUCCAGGUGUACAGGGAGCAAGCCGAGUCUUGUGAGAAGCAAAUUGAGGUCAUGGAUGAGUUCUCAACCAGGGUGUGGGGCAUCAGCCAGGAGCCCAACCCUGUUCAGCUGCUGCAGGCAUAUAUAGCCACCAGGACAGAGAUGGGACAGCAGAUGAGCCCCUCGGAGCUGAGCCACCCUGUGCCCAUGUCCUUCGAGCCCGUCAAGAACUUCUUUAAGGAGUUUAUGGAAGCCAUCGGGAACACAUUACAGACACCAAUGGAUACUCGCCUAAAGGAAAACAUAAACUGCCAACUUUCAAGCUCCUCCAUGACCAAACCAGGCACCUUGCUGAAAACCAGCCCCUCACCGGAGAGAGCUCUCUUCUUGAAAAACGCGCGCACGCCUACGCUAGACUCGGACACGAUGCAUGCGCGCCUGCGCCUGUCGGCGGACGGGCUGACGGUGCGCUGCUCGCUGCUGGGCCUCCUGGGGCCGCGUCCCGCGCCGCGGUUCGACGCGCUGCGUCAGGUGCUGGGCCGCGACGGCUUCGCAGCCGGACGCCACUACUGGGAGGUGGACGUGCAGGAGGCCGGCGUGGGCUGGUGGGUGGGCGCGGCCUACCCGUCGCUGCGGCGCCGCGGAGACACCGCCGCCGCCCGCCUGGGCUGCAACCGCGAGUCGUGGUGCGUAAAGCGUUACGACCUGGAGUACUGGGCCUUCCACGACUGCCAGCGAAGCCGCCUGCGGCCCCGCCACGACCCCCACCGGCUCGGCGUCUUCCUGGACUACGAGGCCGGCGUUCUGGCCUUCUACGACGUGACGGGUGGCAUGAGCCACUUGCAUACCUUCCACGCCGCCUUCCAGGAGCCGCUCUACCCAGCCCUGCGCCUCUGGGAGGGGGCCAUCAGUAUCCCCCGGUUGACCUAAGCGAGAUCGUGUUUCCUUCUCCUAGGCUAGUCUCCAGCUGUCCCCUGUGCCCCCUGCUCCCUCGACGAUGCCUUUAUAGUGCAUGUCCCUGAAAGGAGCACCCCGUUGCCUGUGUCUGGGAGACCAUCGUGCAGCGCCUAGAACCUCCUGGCACACAGUAGGCACACAGGAUCAGUGAAUGUCUCCCUGCAGGGGCAAGUGGUUCCUCAGCAGUUCCCAUUUGAGUCAGCUCUCUCCAGCCACUUCAGCUUGUCACCUCAAUCCUGAGAGGGUUCUUGUCAGGGUCUGCGUCCUCCUCUCGCUUCUUCAUCUUCUACACUAAAACCAGGGCGAGCAUCCUGGAACUUAGCUUGGCCUCUUGGGAUUAGAUGGAGGCUCUCAAACUCAAAGAGCUACAAGAACAACCAACGCAGGGAGGCGCUUUUCCCAUGUCAAUCUUUUCAGACAUGCUCCAGUCAGAAGCUAGUUCACAGUUGUGUGCUUCCCACCAUAAAUAGGAAAACCGGCUCUCUCCCUGUCUCGGUUUUCAGGCUUAUCUGCCCCCAAGAAAUUCCCUCCCACACCCCAAUAAAACAACCGAUUGGGCCUGCAAAUCCCUUCACCACACCCCCUCAAAAACCAAUUAGGCCUGUAAACUGGGACCUGUCAUUCCAGUUGCUUUCUAAAGACAUCUGUGUCCUUCCUUCCCAGGCAUUUCCUGGAUGAUCAGUAAGUAGACUGCUACUCACAGGAGAGAAAACUAGUGAGAAAGGUUCAAAGGGCAGGACAUACCUAACGGGAGAGACCGCUUCUCCUUCAUUCACAAGACCAGAGCUGUUCCCACUCUCACCACAGCAGGAGGGGCCAAGCCAGGCAUCUCUUACCAGGUGUUGUUACACGUUGUCACACACCACACACACUGUGGAAACCGAUCCUGUUGUACCCGUGGCAGGAUUGGUAAGCAGGAGUCAGAUGACUGCCCACCAGGCUGUGCUGUGGAUGUCGCAGCUCUUCUCCCUCUCAGUAUUAUUUACCUGUUUUCCUUGGGUCGAACCUGCUUCUAGAUUACCUUCACUGGCCCCUGAAAUGAGGUCUCAUACCCUUCAGAAUGAGGGAUGAAACUGAGAGGAUCUGAUUUGGGUAUAAAACAAACACUGGUUCUGAGCCAGGGUUUGUGCUGGUGGAAGGCUUAGCUUCCUGUCAUCUGUGUAGCCUAAGGCAACAUUCUACUUGUGGCCUCCAUCUGUAAACCGUGGGUCAGUGCCAGGAGGUUCAAACAAGCCAAAGCUAAAUUGCCUUAAAAACUAUGUUAUCAGGCUAGGAUUUGUUAGCACCUCCAAUAGUCUUUCUACCUUGUCACAGUGCUGGACCACAGAUACCCAGCAGCUGGGUGGCAGCCAAGGGAGCUAGCUGCCUUAAUAUUCUCAGGGCAGUCUCCUUGGCAUCCAUGUUGAAGGUACAAACCAUGUGUCUUAAUGCUCUUGUUUUUGUAGAAUUUACCUCAAAGGUAUACAAAUUAUUUUCCCCUGUGGUGCUUGGUCUAGAACCAGUGGCCUUACACAUGCUGAGCAAGGGCUCCAGUCCCAGCAGGUGUUUGUAAGAAAAAGGCUUAGUCAAGGCCAGGGAUGUGGAGGACAGACACCUCUGUAAUAACAGUUUUCUAAAUACAUGUUGCUUUGUUUAAUAAAAUAGGAAUACUGUCCCUUGUAA